UUCAGUCUUAAUACGGGCCCCUACCUGUGACGUACACUAAAUAACAGCAUAGUCUGGAAUUAUUCAUCAUCUGUGGUAUUUACAAACUUCAAACUAUGACAAAAAUAAUAACAAAAUGAAAAUCGUCACAGUGGGUUUAAUGAUACUGACAAUACCAUAUUAUUGUUUCUGCCUUGAAGAUAUACACAUCCGAGAAUUAUUUGAAGAAAUCAACCAUAAUGUAAUCAAAUUCAAUGCACAAGCCGCAGAUAUAGCUUGGGCAUCCUCGUUCGAUCCUCGAAACCCAGUAUUGCCAGCUAAAUCGGCGAAAUAUCAAAAGCAACGGAUCAUAUGGCAACAAGAAACGUGCAGUCGGUUGGCGGAACUGGUAAAACGUCACUUGUUAACAAGCGCGCAAAGGCGACAGACGUACCUUCUGUGCAGAGAGCCUAAAUACACUUAUAGAGAGACCAGGGUCGCCAGUGCAUUGUAUGAACAAUUACAAGCUAUAUACUCAGAAGUAAAUAUAUGCAUACCCAGUGAACGGAACUUAACUGUAAACAAUCUAGCAGAAACUGAAAAUGCUAUUGAAAAUUAUUUAAUAGCAAUUAACGAAGUUGUGACUUCACAAGACAUAGAUGAAGUAUAUGUAGCAUCCAAAGUUGCUACUAAUCAUCACGAUGACUCUAACAAUGCUGUUUGUCUAAACGAUGAUGCAGAUUUUGACAAAUUGAUGGCUUUUUCGAAGAAAGAGGAAGUGUUGAGAUGGCUAUGGUUGACGUGGAGGGAAAAAGUGGGACCACUCAUGAAGAUACCGUACCGCCAAUUAGUGGAUCUCGAAAAUGUAGCUGCAAGAAGAAGUGGCUAUGCCGAUAUAGGGGCAGCUUGGCGAGAUGAGCUAGAAGUACCAAACUUGAGAUUACUCUCUCGUCAACUAAAUGAUCAAGUACGUCCACUGUAUCAACUUCUUCAUGGUGUGGCCAGAUAUUACCUAAGAAAGCGAUACGGAGACUUGGUACCCGAGUACGGGUAUUUACCAGCACAUUUACUUGGCAAUCUGUGGUCGCAGAACUGGGAACAUUUAUUAGACAUGAUCAUACCACAGACAUUAAACUUGGAUGAAAGUAUCAAGAAACUUAAUUGGACGACUAUGCAUAUGGUGAAACGAGCUGAAGACUUCUACCUAUCGUUAGGUUUACCGCCAAUGACUGACACAUUUUGGCGCGAAUCCAUAUUUACGCGGGAAACGCACGUUACGCGCUGCCAUGGAUCUGCGGCGGACAUGUUUAAAGAUGGCGAUUUUAGACUUUUGUACUGCUCUGGUACCACUUUGGAAGACUUCUACGUGCUGCACCACGAACUUGGACAUAUCCAAUAUUAUAUGGCUUACCAGGAACAACCAGGUCUGUUUAGACAAGCAAACACUGCACUUCAUGAAACCAUAGGCGAUACAAUAAUGCAAGGCGUGCUAACACCCCAACACUUGCACAGACUUGGGCUUGUCAAUGAUUCUGUUCUGUACACUAAUAAAUUUGAAAAAGAAAAUGAUGAUAAACUUAAUGACUGUGACAGGAAUAAUGAAAAUAAUGAUAAUAUUAAUGAAAAGAAACAAGAAGAUGAUGUUAAUGAAGUACUUCGUGAAUUCGAAUCGAGUGAUAAUAUAUUAAUGCUUAAACAAGCACUAAACAAAAUACCGCAAAUACCAUUUGCACUUCUAAUAGAUGAGUACAGAUGGAAAUAUUUUGAAGGCACAAUUAAUUUUGAUAAUCAGAAUAAAGAUUUCUGGAAGAUGUCCCAGGAAUUAAUGGGAAUAGCACCACCAGAAGUGAGGAGCGAAGAUUAUUUCGAUAUAGGAGCAAAAUUCCACGUUCCUGAUAACACGCCAUUUAUAAGAUAUUUCCUCAGCAGCUUCAUCCAGCAUCAACUGUUCGAAGCUCUCUGCAAAGCAGCUGUGUACGGCAGAAGAUCGAUUGCAGAAGAUGUACCAAAAACUAUCGCGAUGAACCGCUGUGACAUUUAUGGUUCCAAGGCAGCAGGAAAACUAUUGAAAGACCUCAUGUCCAGAGGUCACUCACAACACUGGCGAGAGAUCCUCCAAGCAACGACAGGUGACACCGACAUAUCGUCGAAAGCUUUAUUACGCUACUACCGCCCUCUACAGGAGUUGUUAGAGAAAUUGGUUCGCAUUUAUCACAUACCCAUCGGUUGGUAAUAGGCCUGAAUCAGAUUGAAAGAUGCGCAUUUACAGAACACGGAUAUGUCAGCGUAAAUAUUUAAAAUGGGUGUUAGACGAUUUAAUAUUUAGAGAGAAUAAAAGAAUUAAUAUGUCUAUCACUUUCA